GCCACUGUAGAGCGAGACCAGCUACAGAAUAGUCUAAAUACCAGGACCACCGAGAGAGACCAGCUACAAAAUAGUCUACAUUUCAGGACCACAGAGAGAGACCAGCUACAGAAUAUUCUAAAUACCAGGACCACAGAGAGAGACCAGCUACAGAAUAUUCUAAAUACCAGGACCACAGAGAGAGAUCAGCUACAGAAUAGUCUAAAUACCAGGACCACUGAGAGAGACCAGUUAAAAACCAGGCUUGGGUCCUAUGGUGAGUGCAGUCUUUUAUUUUCUUAAUUUACAAGUAUCAUUUUAUUUCAUACUUAUAAGAGAUGUAAUUUAUUUGUAGACUUUGAAAUGCCUGCUGUUCUAUUUCAUUUAUUUCAGAGAAACCCUGUCUGAAUGAAUGGUGGAAGUUUGGCACCAGCUGUUAUUAUGUCUCCUCCACGAGGGACUCUGCCGGGGACGGUCAGCAGCAGUGCAGAGCAAUGGGUGGAGAGUUGGUUGUUAUAAACAGCAGAGAAGAACAGGUAUAAGAGAAUACAUUAGUAAUGCUAUAAUACUACUGUUUCUUUAUUAUUAUUAUUAUUAUUAUUAUAAUUAUUAAUCAUUAUCUACAUCUCUGAUUAGUAUUCAAUAUGUAAAUAAUUGUAUCACCAAUGUUCAUGUCACUGUCAAUUUAUAGAAUAUACUUCCUGCCAGCAAAGCAAGUUUGCAUGAGAUUAUAUCUAUACCUAUACUAUAGUACAGUGGGGAAAAAAAGUAUUUAGUCAGCCACCAAUUGUGCAUGUUCUCCCACUUAAGAAGAUGAGAGAGGCCUGUAAUUUUCAUCAUAGGUACACGUCAACUAUGACAGACAAAUUGAGGAAAAAAAAUCCAGAAAAUCACAUUAUAGGAUUUUUAAUGAAUUUAUUUGCAAAUUAUGGUGGAAAAUAAGUAUUUGGUCACCUACAAACAAGCAAGAUUUCUGGCUCUCACAGACCUGUAACUUCUUCUUUAAGAGGCUCCUCUGUCCUCCACUCGUUACCUGUAUUAAUGGCACCUGUUUGAACUUGUUAUCAGUAUAAAAGACACCUGUCCACAACCUCAAACAGUCACACUCCAAACUCCACUAUGGCCAAGACCAACGAGCUGUCAAAGGACACCAGAAACAAAAUUGUAGACCUGCACCAGGCUGGGAAGACUGAAUCUGAAAUAGGUAAGCAGCUUGGUUUGAAGAAAUCAACUGUGGGAGCAAUUAUUAGGAAAUGGAAGACAUACAAGACCACUGAUAAUCUCCCUCGAUCUGGGGCUCCACGCAAGAUCUCACCCCGUGGGGUCAAAAUGAUCACAAGAACGGUGAGCAAAAAUCCCAGAACCACACGGGGGGACCUAGUGAAUGACCUGCAGAGAGCUGGGACCAAAGUAACAAAGCCUACCAUCAGUAACACACUACGCCGCCAGGGACUCAAAUCCUGCAGUGUCAGACGUGUCCCCCUGCUUAAGCCAGUACAUGUCCAGGCCCGUCUGAAGUUUGCUAGAGUGCAUUUGGAUGAUCCAGAAGAGGAUUGGGAGAAUAUCAUAUGGUCAGAUGAAACCAAAAUAUAACUUAUGGUAAAAACUCAACUCGUCGUGUUUGGAGGACAAAGAAUGCUGAGUUGCAUCCAAAGAACACCAUACCUACUGUGAAGCAUGGGGGUGGAAACAUCAUGCUUUGGGGCUGUUUUUCUGCAAAGGGACCAGGACGACUGAUCCGUGUAAAGGAAAGAAUGAAUGGGGCCAUGUAUCGUGAGAUUUUGAGUGAAAACCUCCUUCCAUCAGCAAGGGCAUUGAAGAUGAAACGUGGCUGGGUCUUUCAGCAUGACAAUGAUCCCAAACACACCGCCCGGGCAACGAAGGAGUGGCUUCGUAAGAAGCAUUUCAAGGUCCCAGAGUGGCCUAGCCAGUCUCCAGAUCUCAACCCCAUAGAAAAUCUUUGGAGGGAGUUGAAAGUCCAUGUUGCCCAGCGACAGCCCCAAAACAUCACUGCUCUAGAGGAGAUCUGCAUGGAGGAAUGGGCCAAAAUACCAGCAACAGUGUGUGAAAACCUUGUGAAGACUUACAGAAAACGUUUGACCUGUGUCAUUGCCAACAAAGGGUAUAUAACAAAGUAUUGAGAAACUUUUGUUAUUGACCAAAUACUUAUUUUCCACCAUCAUUUGCAAAUAAAUUAAUUUAAAAUCCUACAAUGUGAUUUUCUGGAUUUUUUUUCUCCUUUUGUCUAUCAUAGUUGACAUGUACCUAUGAUGAAAAUUACAGGCCUCUCUCAUCUUUUUAAGUGGGAGAACUUGCACAAUUGGUGGCUGACUAAAUACUUUUUUUCCCCACUGUAUAGCAGCUGAGGCUGCAACCUGAUCUCAUAGUUUCACUUCGACAUUCGACGUAAUCUGAAUGAAAGUCUAUUUUUGACGCAUUCAUUCCAUGUGGUUACAGGGUUAAUUCUGUGAGGUUACAGGGUUCAAACAGAAACAACUCAAAGGGUUAUGGUUAGGGGUUAACGUUAGGGCAAUGGGUUGGGGAAGGCUUCAAACAGAAAUGAUUAAAAACAACGCUCUGUUUCCAUCAAGUACUCUCCCUCUUGCCUGAGCAUUGUGAACUGCCGUGGUGCAGUCGUCAGAGCAGAUUGGUCUGUGAGGUGUGAGCACGCUUCCCCUCCAAUCGUCCUGAGUUUUCACCAGUGCUCGGCAACAUUUUUGUAUUUUUUUGUGUGCGCUGAGGAAGGCAUAUAUCAAAGUACUUAGGACCUUUUCAAACAUCCUAAAUCCCCUUGUAUUUCUAUUGACCAGGCUCAGUACAUUAUACUACUACUACUACUACUAUUAGACUACUACUACUAUUAUUAUUUAUAAAAAUGUAAAACUGUUUCUCUGCUGUGGAGAUUAAAUAAUGGUCAUUGUUUUUCUUCCAAAAUGAUAUUAUAGAUAUUUAUCCAUGGAUUAAAGAAGAAUGUCUGGAUUGGUGCACAUAAAGAUUACGGAAUCUGGAAGUGGGUUGACGACACAGCAUUUAAACCUACGUAAGUGAACAGGUUCUGGAGGACUUUUUUUCUGUUGUAAUAAAUUACUUUUUACAGUCUGAUAAUCUUGUCCUCAGCCAGCUGUCUCUCUCACUCUCUGUCGAAUGGUAGCAAUUGAGCCUGGAGACUAGGUUAACCGUCUGAUUCUCUAUUUUCUAUUGGAUGAUAUUAAACUCUGAUUCUCUGUGUUGUUUAUAGCUAUUGGAUGGAAGGGGAACCAAGUAACUUGAAUGACGAGGUGACUUGUAUUGAGAUCUCACAGACGGCAUCAGACCCAUUGAAGAGUUGGAAGGGUGGAAUAUGUACUUUAAAUUACUGGGUGUGUGAAAAACCAUUCACACCGUAGUCUAAUUAUAAUCACUAAUGUAAGCCCCUAUCUUAUGGAGUUGCACUGGUUUUCCCUUUGUUAGGCUUAACGUGUUUCUAUGUGUAUCUAUAUUGAAAUAUGCAUUUGAUGUCUUUAAAGAGACCAGGGCUAUGUGGAGUUUGUCCACCAUUCAUCAGGCCCAGGGGAGUGGAACUGUGGUCUAGUAGGCUCUAACUGUGGU